AUUGCAUUUGACCUUAAAAAUUUACAUCAAUUGGGAUAUUUUCAUAAAGACUUUCAUAGUGGAAAUAUAUUACAAAACGAUGAGUUUUCUUUUAUUUCAGAUUUUGGAUUAUCCGGGCCAUCAAAUGAACAAAAAUCAGAUAAUAAAAUAUGUGGAGUAUUACCAUAUAUUGCUCCAGAAGUUUUGAAUGGAGGACCAUAUACAUUAUCAUCUGAUGUUUAUAGUUUUGGCGUAGUUAUGACAGAAUUAUCGUCUGGAAAACCGCCUUUUUUUAAAAGGAAACAUGAUGUUAGCUUAGUAUUAGAAAUAUGUAAUGGUACUAGACCAGAAUUUGGAAAAGGAACUCCUGACGUUUAUAAGAAAUUAGCCUAUAGAUGUAUGGAUGCUAAUCCUGAUCAAAGACCAACAUCGGAUGAAUUA